AUGGCGAUUCUUUCCGAUUACGAAGAAGAAAACCACAAGCCAACAGCAAAGCCAUCAUCGUCUACCACCUAUGAAAUUACGAGUAACAUCAAGAAAGAGAACAAGGGAGCCCUAGCUCCGAACAAAGGCAAUGGCCUUGAUCUAGAAAAAUAUUCAUGGGGCCAAUCUCUGCAAGAAGUUACGAUCACCAUACCCUUGCCUCCCGGUACAAAAUCGCGAUCAAUUUCAUGGGAGUUAAAGAAGAAUCAUCUCAAAGUUGGGCUCAAGGGACAGUCUCCGAUUAUCGAUGGCGAGCUUUUUAAUUCUGUUAACGUUGAUGAAUGCUUUUGGAGCCUAGAGGAUCAGAAAUCUGUAUCUGUGCUAUUGACCAAGAAGGAUCGGACGGAAUGGUGGAAGAGUUUGCUGAGGGGAGGUGAUGAGAUUGAUGUUCAGAAAGCAGAACCUGAGCCCAGCAAGUUGUCGGAUUUGGAUUCGGAAACGCGGUCGGCCGUGGAGAAGGUGAUGUUUGAUCAACGGCAGAAGGCUAGGGGGCUUCCGACGAGUGAAGAGAUCAAGAACCAAGAGCUUUUGAAGAAGGUCAUGGCUGAGAAUCCCGGGAUGGAUUUUUCUAGGGCAAAGAUGUUUUGA